AUGUCCCCCCCGGGCCCCCGCACCCGCUGGGUGAGCGACUUCUUCUCGUACGAGACCACCAAGUCGGUGGUGGUGAAGAGCUGGGUGGUGGGCGCUGUCAACCGCGGCGUGCAGCUCCUCAUCCUCGCCUACUUCGUCGGCUGGGUGUUCCUCCACGAGAAAGCAUACCAGGUGCGGGACACCGCCGUCGAGUCCUCCGUGGUCACCAAGGUGAAGGGCGUGGGGCGCUACGCGGGGCAGGUGCUGGACACGGCCGACUACGUCACCCCCCCUCAGGGCACCUCGGUGUUCGUGGUGGUCACCAAGCAGAUCCGGACCGAGGACCAGGCGCAGGGCGUGUGCCCGGAGAGCGAAGCCGCGUUCCGCUGCUCGGCCGACCGGGACUGCCGCGGGCUGAGCCCGGCCACGAGCAACGGGAUGUUGACAGGGCGCUGUGUCCCCUACAACACGACCCUGAGCACCUGCGAGAUCCAGGGCUGGUGCCCUCCUGAGGUGGACACCGUUGACGUCCCCAUCAUGCUGGAGGCCGAGAACUUCACCCUCCUUAUCAAGAACAGCAUCCGCUUCCCACUCUUUGGCUUUGAGAAGACCAACCUGCCACCCCCUGGCAGUGGGGUGGAGCUGGGCCGGUGCCGCUUCCACCCGCAGCUGCAGCCCCUGUGCCCCAUCCUGCGCCUGGGGGACGUGGCACGCCUGGCCGGGCAGGACUUCCCUGCACUGGCCGCCACCGGGGGAGUGCUGGGGAUCAAGAUCGGGUGGGUGUGUGACCUGGACCAGGCCUGGGAGCGCUGCCUGCCCCACUACUCCUUCACCCGCCUGGACAGCCUGGCCCGGACUCCUGCCCCCGGCUACAACUUCAGGCAUGCCAGGUACUACCGCUGGCCUGACGGCUCCGAGCGCCGCACCCUCACCAAAGCCUUCGGCAUCCGCUUCGAUGUCCUGGUGUACGGCAGUGCUGGGAAGUUCAGCCUUGUCCCCACCCUCAUCAACAUGGUGGCAGCUUUCACCUCCAUCGGUGUGGGCACGGUGCUGUGCGACAUCAUCCUGCUCAACUUCCUGAAGGGCGCCGAGCACUACAAGGCCCGCAAGUUUGAGGAGGUGCCAGAGGCUGGUGUGCCCGCCACCCCCGCCACCCCCACAGCGUGCCCCCCAGGGGUGCUGGGGGGCUGCAGCCGGGACAAGCAGUCCACCGACUCGGGCACCUUCUCCCUUGGCCUCUAGCCCUGGUGCCAUGGGGCAGCCCCCCACCUGCCCCCCAUUGAGGGGAAGCCCACGGCUGGGUGAGGGGCUUGCCGGGACCCCCAUUGGGCUCCCACUGCCCACCCAGUCUCCACACUGAGCCCCAUCCACAUGCCACUGUCCCCAGUGCCCACCCUGCAUGCCCAGUCCCAAUCCCAGUGUCCCCUGUGCCCUGUCCCUUUUCUCCAUGGUGCCCCCGUGUGCCCUCCUCUGGCACCUCCCUGCUCCCCGCUGGCCCCAUGCCGGGGGGCUGCACCCCCUUACAAUAAACCCAUGGCUCGCA